CGUCCUGCACGGAAGCUGGGUUUAAUUUAUAAGAUUCGUAUAUUUUUAUAUUUGUUGUUUGAUCUCUUCGCUGAUGCUGGGCUGUAGAUUGAGCGACUUAUUCUUGAUCUGGGCGUUACACAACAGUUUCCGUCUAAUUAUAUUUCCCCUCGCCUAGUCCGCCCCACCUCUAGUGAUUGUACAUUCACAAUCACAUAGUAAUCAUUUUACAAAUAGACCGUGACGCGAGUUCACUGCUGAGCGAAGUAUCGCUCGUGAUAGAUUACCCCCGAUAUAACUUUGAUCAAAUAUCCGUUCUCCGUAGAAGCACAGACAAUGAGUGAAAGGUCUAUUUGUCAAACAUGGGCGUCUGUUAUGUUGUAUGACGAUGCCAAUAAGCGAUGGACUCCCUCUGGUGGUGUACAGGGACUCUCCCGUGUACAUAUAUACCACCAUGUUCAGAACAACACUUUCAGAGUGGUGGGACGAUUGAAAUCGGACCAAUCAGUGGUGAUAAACUGUGCAAUCCUGAAAGGCCUGAAAUAUAACCAGGCUACACCAACAUUCCACCAAUGGAGAGACAACAAACAAGUGUAUGGACUGAACUUCCAAAGUGGUGGUGAUGCUGAGAGCUUUGCUCAGUCAAUGCUAUUGGCAUUGGACGCCUUAGCAUCUUCCCUAGCUUCCAAGCCUGCUGCCACUACAGUUUCCAGUCCAACUAUACAGCCAACCAGUCAUACAGUGAUCUCAUCCGUGUCAUCACAUCAGAAUGGACCAGUACUUGAAGAUGAUGCUAUGCGACAUGAAAUGCAACCAGCUGAAACAAGACCGAGAUACGAGACCCCAGUUCCACAACCAAGACGUCCUUCUGAUUCAAGUAUUACAGGAGGAAUGACAGUGCACACAUCUUCUACUGUAGUGUCUCAGUCUCCAGCCAUCCCUCCAGCACCACCGAUGCCCUCACAGACUGUUGUCGCAGCACCACCAGCCCCUCCUGCACCACCAGCCCCUACAGGAGGAAUACCACCUCCUCCCCCGCCACCUCCACCACCAAACUUGGGGUCGUCAUCGAGUGGCGGAAAUGCUUCUGGUUUCGCUGGUGCAUUAGCUGGAGUGAGUCUUAAGAAAACGGCCAAGCCUGCAGAGCCAAGCCCCGCUGUCACCGAAAAAACAGAGAAUGAGCGAGAAGGGAGGGGAUCUGUGUCUAACGUAGCACCCCCAUUAGCUGGUAUGGGAGGUAUGGGGGGUAUGUUGGGUGAAAUGCAAGCCAUGUUAGCAAGGAGGCGGGCACAAGCCGAUGCAUCUUCAGCUGCAAGUCCAAGUGGAAGCGGUAGAUCAUCACCAGUGUUAAAUAAAGCUGCGUCAGUUGCUUCAGCCUCAUCUACAGCAACUUCAGAUGUUCGUAAACCUUGGGAGAAGGAAAACAAAGUAGCUGCCAACAAGUUUACUGCAUCAUCACCAAGCCAACCAACCACUAAUGGUACGACAAAUGUUCCAUCGAGUGGAUCACCAAAAAUGAUACGAAGGGCACGAGGCGGAUCAAUGUCAGUAAUACAAAACGGUUUACAGGACUCUGAUUUAGAGAGACUUAAACAAGAUAUCCUGACCGAAAUGAGAAAAGAAAUACAACAAGCUAAAUUAGAAAUAAUUGAAGCAAUAAGAGAGUCAAGUUCAAGAUAGAAGUCAUCAUGCCUUACUGCAUCAAUGUACUGGUUUUACAUGCAAAAUUACUCUAUAUAUACAUAUACAUAUAUACCCAGGAUAUAGUGAUAAAAGAAAUACGACUCUGAUUUACAAAAAGAAUGAUAGUUUGCCAUUCCAUAAAAUUUGCGAUUGCAUAAUUUUGCACAUCGAUGAGCGCUAGCGUUGUUUAAUCAAACCCUAUUUUUUAUCUAUUCCAUUUAAACCAGAAAAAUUUUGCAAAAUAAUGGUUAAUAUAUAUAUAGACAGAGUCUUAUGAAUUAUUGCAAGGUUUGGUGUUUAGUAGGUUUUAGUAUGAGAUUACAGGACCAAUAGCAUUAUUUUUGUGGUGUGUAGAUACUUAUUAAUGUGAGGUUAGACUUGCAUAUCUACAAGGCAGAAUUUGAUAGGUCGAAUAAACCUGUCAAUAAAGAAGCUGCUCUCUGAUUGGUCUGACUAUUAGAUUUUAGGUUUGGGUAGCCAAUCAGACACAAUUUUGUAAUUAGCUUUGCAUCGACUCUUGGUUUGUGGGAUUAGCCAAUGAAAAUCCCAACUGGACAUGUACGAUGGUGAAAUAUCUCCACCACUUCAUUUUCUGAAGGAUAUUUAGGAGAUAAAAAUAAAAAAAAAUAAACAAUUUUUUUGUACCUAUUUUACACAAGUUCUUGGCCAUUUGUUUUUUCCUCAUAUUUUCAUAUUAUAGUGCAUUACCUGGAUAUUCACUGGCUGAGGCCUUCAUAUGUGGGACACUGGGUUAGAAUACGGUUUUGACAAUGUCCAUAUUAACUGUUACUUGUCAGCUUAAGCUACUUAUUAUGUAGACUGGUGGAGACAAAUAUUUGAUGCUAUUUUUGAAGAGAUUAAAACCCAAUUCAUUACAGGGGUGAUGUUCUACUUAAUUACCUGGUGCGUAUAGCUGUCUCAUUGCCAACAUUUAGGCAGUUAAUGAACAUUUUGGAGAGGCCAGAACAUUUUUUUUUUUUACGUAUAUCCAUCUUCCAUAUAUAUAUAGACGAGUUUCACAAUAUAAAUAAAUAAAUUAAUUAGUGUGCCUAAUUAACAAUGCAAUGCUUGUAAGCAACUGACAUAUUCAAAGAUUAUGUUUAUUUUGUUGUAAUUAUUUUCAGUAUGGAAUUGUCAUGUUUACUAUUAAAUAUAUUAUAAUUGCUAUUAGAUGAAUCAUGGGCGCUAACAAAUGUACUUAACCAAAAUUGAAUAGUCAACCAGUGCCAUCUUCCUGUGUCAAUGUGGAAUUGUUUUAUUUAAAAAAAAUAUCAAUCAAAAUUUGGCAAUAAUGUAAACAAGCAGUUGGUAUAAUGAUUGUACUAUGGUAAUUGUUAGAAAACAGUGGUCAGACUCGUGAGUAUUUGGUGAUAGUGAAAAUAGUGCCCUUCAUUCUGAGGAAGGUGGACUCUGUCCUCGGGUAGGACUAGCAAUGGUAUACAAGAAAGUGUGUUCAUAUUUUUUAUUACCAUGAAACCUUUAAAGAAACUCAAUAAACUAAGCAGUUAGUAUCUUCAAAAUACAAAAUAUGUGUAUGGUGGUCACUCAUCAUGUCUUAAGUAUUAAGAUUAAUUGCAAUUGAGAAGAGUUGCCAUGCAGUAGGGUGUGUCUUUUUACAGUGUGUUCAACAGUUAUUUUUUUCACAAAGACUUUUUUUUUGAAUUGUAGAAUUACAAAAUGCUCUUACUUAUCACAUAAUAAACCAUGCAGUUUUAAUUAAAAA